UGUGUGCGCUGUAUUUUUUCAAUUCUUCCUGGUCCUGAUUUUGCAUUUCUAACGAAAGGGAACUGACAAAGCGUGAAAGUGGUCUCAGGAGCAAAACAAAGCCAGCGAGCAUGCUUCUGGUGUGCCAGAAUUAAUCAAUAUUCCAGAAACCUCGGGGCUCCCCCCUCCCCACCUCCCUGGGCAGUUUUCGGUCCCCCUCCCCCUUUCCCGCGCGCAGGCUCCGCCCCUUUUCUUAAGUACGCUGGUGGUAAGUUGCAGUUUCAGAGCACAGAGCACAUGCAUCUGUGCCGCCAGCCUGCCCCGCCGGCCGCUGCGUGGUGUCACUUCGUGGUACCUGCUGGGACUUCACCUUGGCAUUGCCUGGGGUGUCUUCCAGCCGAUCCAAAAGCUGAAAAGUUGUGUCCUUUAACACCAAAGAAGAGGUUUGGCUUCCUGGAGAGAAUUCCAAGACACUGCAGUGCAAAGAAGAAACACACCUAGAAAAGUAAAAUAUGACAAAAAGCAAUGGAGAGGAGCCCAGGAUCGGGGGCAGGAUGGAGAGAUUCCAGCAAGGAGUCCGUAAACGCACACUUUUGGCCAAGAAGAAAGUGCAGAACAUCACAAAGGAAGAUGUUAAAAGUUACUUGUUUCGGAAUGCUUUUGUGCUGCUCACUGUCACCGCUGUCAUUGUGGGUACAAUCCUCGGAUUUACCCUCCGGCCUUACAAAAUGAGCUACCGGGACGUCAAGUACUUCUCCUUCCCUGGGGAGCUUCUGAUGAGGAUGCUACAGAUGUUGGUCUUACCACUUAUCGUCUCCAGUCUUGUCACAGGAAUGGCGGCUCUAGAUAGUAAGGCAUCAGGGAAGAUGGGAAUGCGAGCUGUAGUCUAUUACAUGACUACCACCAUCAUUGCUGUGGUGAUUGGCAUAAUCAUUGUCAUCAUCAUCCAUCCCGGGAAGGGCACAAAGGAAAACAUGUACAGAGAAGGCAAAAUUGUACAGGUGACUGCUGCAGAUGCCUUCCUGGAUUUAAUCAGGAACAUGUUCCCUCCAAAUCUGGUGGAAGCCUGCUUUAAACAGUUUAAAACCAACUAUGAGAAGAGAAGUUUUAAAGUGCCCAUCCAGUCCAAUGAAACACUCGUGGGCGCCGUGAUAAACAACGUGUCAGAGGCCAUGGAGACACUCACCCGCAUCAGGGAAGAGCUGGUUCCCGUUCCUGGGUCUGUGAAUGGAGUCAACGCCCUGGGACUCGUUGUCUUCUCCAUGUGCUUUGGUUUUGUAAUUGGAAACAUGAAAGAGCAGGGACAAGCCCUGAGAGACUUCUUUGAUUCUCUUAAUGAAGCCAUCAUGAGAUUGGUAGCAGUGAUAAUGUGGUACGCCCCUGUGGGCAUCCUGUUCCUGAUCGCAGGAAAAAUUGUUGAGAUGGAAGACAUGGGUGUGAUUGGGGGGCAGCUUGCCAUGUAUACAGUGACGGUCAUUGUUGGCCUACUCAUUCACGCAGUCAUUGUCCUGCCGCUCCUCUACUUCCUGGUAACCCGGAAGAACCCUUGGGUUUUCAUUGGAGGGUUGCUGCAAGCACUCAUCACAGCCCUAGGGACUUCUUCAAGUUCUGCCACCCUACCCAUCACCUUCAAGUGCCUGGAAGAGAACAAUGGUGUCGACAAACGCAUUACCAGAUUUGUGCUCCCUGUGGGGGCCACUAUUAACAUGGAUGGGACCGCCCUCUAUGAGGCUUUGGCUGCCAUUUUCAUCGCUCAAGUUAACAACUUUGACCUAAACUUUGGACAGAUUAUUACCAUCAGCAUCACAGCCACGGCUGCGAGUAUUGGGGCAGCUGGGAUUCCACAGGCAGGCCUGGUCACCAUGGUCAUUGUGCUGACAUCUGUGGGCCUGCCCACUGAUGACAUCACACUCAUCAUCGCAGUGGACUGGUUCUUGGACCGCCUCCGAACCACCACCAAUGUGUUAGGUGACUCCCUUGGAGCAGGGAUUGUGGAGCACUUGUCCAGACAUGAACUGAAGAACCGAGAUGUUGAAAUGGGUAACUCGGUGAUUGAAGAAAAUGAAAUGAAGAAACCAUAUCAGCUGAUUGCCCAGGACAAUGAAACUGAGAAACCCAUGGACAGUGAAACCAAGAUGUAGACUAAUGCCGAGAAAUGCUAUCUUGAUCACCAGGUGUUGGAAAACCAUUAUGAAAUGUGUCCAUCUCAUUAAGCUCACUCCUCCAGUGAGCCCCUUCCCUCCUUUUUCCUCCAUGCUCUGAUAGGAUUCAUCCAAAAAUAAGGGAGGAUUUUGCAGCAGCCAAAAUGCAUAGGUUUCAUCCCACAUUUGAAAUUUUGAAAUCAUUUCAUAUUAGUCUUACACAAUAAGGUACUUGGAUCAGAAAUAAUCUUGAUCAGA